GCAGAAACGCUCGCCGAGAAGAAGAGCGCCAUGGCCCGCGUGGUGUUCGAAGGGAUGCCGGAGACGGCGGCCGGAGGAGGAGGAGGCGGAGGAGGAAGAGGAGGAGGAGGAAGAGGGAUGCUGAACCGACGGAGGAGCAAAGCCAGGCGGAGGAAGCGAAAGGAGUUGUUCGCCAUCCAGGUGUGCUUUGCGGGGGUGCUGCUGGGGCUCGUGGUGGGGCUCAAGUCUGUGGCACAGAAAGCAGGAUAUCACGUUUCCAGCUCCGCGGGUGAGGAAGAGGAGGGUGGGGAGCGGUGGGAGAGCCGCCAUCUCCUGCAGGAGGUCUACGCCAACGAGUCGAAGCUCUACCCCGAGCCCGCCAAGAACUGCACGGAACCAGCGAUCCACGAGUUCCCCCGAGAUUACUUCACCAACCAGGAGCGCGUGGACGGAGCCGUGGGCCUCCACGUCCUCUUUGCGGUCUACAUGUUCUACGCCCUGGCCUUGGUGUGCGACGACUAUUUCGUCCCCUGCCUGGAGAAGAUUUGCGAGCGCCUCCAACUGAGUGAGGACGUCGCAGGAGCAACUUUUAUGGCGGCGGGCAGUUCAGCUCCCGAGCUGUUCACCUCUAUGAUUGGAGUCUUCAUCACCAAAGGCGACGUGGGGGUGGGCACCAUCGUGGGCUCGGCCGUCUUCAACAUCCUCUGCAUCAUCGGAGUCUGUGGCAUCUUCGCCGUGAAGACGAUACACCUCACCCGCUGGCCUCUGAUCAGAGACUCUACGUACUACACCUUGUCCAUCUCUGCUCUCCUCGUGUUCAUAUAUGAUGAAAAAGUGGUUUGGUGGGAAGCUCUCACUUUGGUUCUGAUGUACGUCGUCUACAUUCUGCUGAUGAAGAUGAAUUCCCACGUCGUCCGUUACCUGGAGAGGAGGAAGAAGAAGAGCGCGCCCAGCCUGAGGAACGGGGCGGCCAACGGCGAGCCGGAGGAGGGCUGCGACGCCACCGCCGUGCUGCUGAAGAAAGCCAACCCCCCCAGGAAGCCCUCGGUGCUCAUGGUGGACGAGCUGCUCUCGGCGUUCCCUCACCAGCUCUCCUUCUCCGAGGCCGGCAUGAGGAUCAUGAUCACCAGCCACUUCUCCCCCAGGACGCGCCUCACCAUGGCCUCACGGAUGCUCAUCGCCGAGCGGCAGCGUCUCAUCAACGCGAGGACGUUCCCCAACGGAGACUCUGACGUCACGCUCAAAGGAGGAGGCCGGCAGAGCGGAGAGAACGGGAUGUCUGGGCCCGAGAGGGGCGGCGGCGGCGGCGUUCGCCGUGACGACCAGGAGGCGGGAAACGAGACGGAGAACAAGGACAACGAGAACAACGAGGAGGAGGAAGAGGAGGAGGAGGGUGGAGGAGGGGGACCCUUAGUGCCCUUCCAUUGCCCAGUGGGGGGGUGCAACAAGCUGAAGUGGCUCCUGUCGUGGCCCCUGUGCCUGCUGCUGUACUUCACGGUGCCCGACAGCUCCAAGCCGCGCUGGGACAACUUCUACAUGCUGUCCUUCUUCUGCUCCACCCUGUGGAUCGCCGGCUUCUCCUACAUCAUGGUCUGGAUGGUGACAGUGAUCGGCUUCACAUUCGGCAUCCCGGACGUCAUCAUGGGCAUCACCUUCCUGGCGGCCGGCACCAGCGUCCCCGACUGCAUGGCCAGCUUAAUAGUGGCACGGCAAGGAAUGGGCGACAUGGCCGUGUCCAAUUCCCUCGGCAGCAACGUGUUUGACAUCUUGGUGGGGCUCGGCCUCCCCUGGGCCCUGAAGACCCUCGCCAUCAGCUACGGCUCCGACAUCAAACUAAACAGCAAAGGACUGAUCUUCUCCGUGGGGCUCCUGCUGGCCUCCGUGUUCCUGACCGUCCUGGGAAUUCACCUCAACAAGUGGACGUUGGACAAGCGCUUUGGAUUCGCGUGUCUCCUCCUCUACUCCAUCUUCCUGUGUUUCUCCUGCCUCAUCGAGUACAACAUCUUCACCUUCGUCAACCUGCCGACCUGCCGGGACGACUGAGGCUCACACACACACACACACAUAUGUUGCACACAAUCAACACUACAAGCGGUGUUUUCAAGGAGUUCCACGUGAAGUAUUAAAACACAGAUGUGGCGGUAGAAUGAAAACUAGAAGGUAUAAUUCUAAAUCUGUUUCAUGUUGUUCUCCUCUUUUACGAGAAGACAUCCCACUCUGCUCUUUUUCCCGACGCCUGUCUUUCUGCAAUAUGGAGUUGUGUGGGCGGAACAGAGAUGGAGAUGUCUGACUAUAUAGAAGCCCUCGUACAGGACAGCGGACAACAACACCUAUCCGCCCGACUACUGCUCGCCUCUGGCGUGAGGACUUUUAUUUUGAAAAACCGCCCCAGUAUAUAGUUGUGAAAGUUGUAACGUUUACUAGCUGCUAACCUUUCCUGAGAGGAAAGUCGGGUCUUUUAGAUUCGACCAGUUGAGAGUAAUAAUUAUAAAAGCAAUGUUAUAACCCCCCCCCCCCCCCCUCCCAGAACCAGGGCAUUAUCCAUUCACCUUUUUUUAUGAAUUAACUUCAAUAGCAUCACAGUUGUAGCUUCUAUGUUUUGUACAGAAUUUGCUUCAUUUUCUUCCUUUUCCUCUUCUGUAAAUAGCACACCUCUGUAAAUGCUCCUCAGAAGUCUUAUUUAUUAUUUAUUCAUGUCAUGAGCACAUUUCUCCACCAGAGGUCGCAAACUUGCACUGCAGAGAUUAAACGAGCUUCACAGAGAGACUGGAAGGGUUCUCACCUCAAUGCUGCUGAUUAUGAGGAAUGGCAUCCUCGUAAAAUGAAGCAGGAUUUGGUUGAAAUUAUCGGGUCGAGGUUUUAGCGAAGCAAGUGUUCGAUUUUGGGGGAUUCUGAUUGUCGUAUUCUACCAGUAAAAUGUAACUGCUGCUUUCUCCUCUUCUGAAAGACACCGACCAAAAUAGACUCAUUAUUUAGAAAUGACAGAUGUUUCCUCUGCUGUCCCAAAAGUGAGGUAUUAAAGUAGAGUAUAGCGUAAAGAUGCAGUAUAAAGCAUCAGGACGUUUUAUCCCAGCUCUGAUACUUUCAGGUUGGGGGUUUCAACUUUAUUUUUAUUAAGAAGUUCUUUGUAUUUUGUAAUGCCUAAAAUGUCUAGAUUUGUCCAGAUAUGGUAGGUUUGUGGUAAAAAUAUUUUUUUUUUAGAUAUAAAUAUUCCUAUAGUUUUUAGAGCAUGUACAGUGUGGUUAGAUUUUGUAUUCCACUAUUGUCCGUUCUCACAAUAUCCAUAAAUUGUUCGCUGUUUCCUCCAGAUAAGUUCAUUUUGGAUAGAAGACAAUUGCUAAAAUUCAACUAAGUCUGAUUUGUUUCAGGGAUAUUUUUUUAUUUAUUCCUCAGUAAUAUAAAAUAUAGAAUUGGAGAAAAACUGUCUUUCGAAUGUAAAAAAAAGAAAAAAUGACGAUGUUUUUUCUGUUUAUCUAUAUAUAUAUAUAUAUAUAUUCCAUGUUUAUUUAUUUAAAAGACACAGCGUGCUCUGUGCUACGACCAGGAAACAGGGUUUAGAUGUGUUUUUGAAUCGUGUGUAAUGCAAUAACUAUGAACAUAUACAAACGUGUAAAUAUGCUGCGUUAAUGAUCAAAGACACAUUAACAUAAUGUACUCCAAUUGUUAAUGAUGUUGAUAUGUCACACUGCAUUGUUUAUGAAAUUAUUCAUCAACGACAACACAAACAAUCAAAACAAGGACUGUUACUAACAUACAGAGUCGUACAACUCUGACACGCAGUAAAAAUAUAUUAAUGCUAUUAUAUCAUUAUCUAAUUCUGGCUUUAAUGUCUGUAAAUGGAGGCAUUGAGUUUACAAUCUGAGUUAUUCAAGUUCUUUACCAUAAGCGUGUCGUAUAAGGGUAGAAAUGUUACUUUACGUCCCAUAAUUUCCUAAUAAUUUGAUUAUAAAGUUUCCCUGAAAAAAACUUUUUUAAGCCGUUCGAGGAAUUUCUUUUUUUUUACAACUUUUUAUUUAGCAUUUUCCACAAACAGAUUAGUCGAGGAAUUAUUUGUACGCCCUUUUCCACCAGUCAGAAAAGACAUUAAAUGCUAGUUACACAACUACAAUUUAUCAUUAGUCAAAAUAAAAUACUACGCCAAAACUACUAUUAUUGACUUUAUCGCCAUUUUUACUUUGAAUUUACAAUCCUAAUUUUGAUUUACAUUAUUAUACAUCAUCUUUUUAGCCUGUCUACUGUAUACAUAUUAUAAGUACAAAUCUAACUAGGAAAUAAAAUUACACAUUUUACAGAUUUGAUUUUGACUUAUUAUACAUUUGAGUUAUUUAACAUGAAUUCUUUAUAACAUCUGUCUCUCGUUUCCUGGCGGUAGAGUGGGCUUCCAUAAAUCUCUGCUAGAACUGCUAAUACUUUAAUCAAUACGUGACAGAGAUACAUUAAAGUAAAUAUGCUUUUAUUGAUUGGAAACUAUAGCUAACUGAUUCGGAUCCAUAUAAUGUUCCUUUUAUUUUUAUUUUAAUCCCCAAAUUAGCUUAAAUCUAACAGAAAAUGUACACUGGGUUCUCUGUGUCAUCUCUACCAUAUUUCCCGAUUUAAACUUGAUUGCGUAACAUAUUUGGAAUAACACGCAUGUAUUUUGAAAUUGGGCAUAGUUCCUCCUUUUUUAAACUAGAGUAGCAAUUAUUAAUUGGAUUGGAUCUUUGUUUUCAUAUAAUUAUUUCAAACUGCAUACGUUUCCCAGGGAGAAAUUGUUAGGAAGUCAUGGGACCAAAUAAAUAAAAAUGCAUCUCUUUAAAAUCCCCAAAAUGCUGACAGCUGAAAAUACACACUAAAAAAUGAAGUUUCAAAACAUCAACAUUUGGUGUUUUUGACCUUAAACUCAAACCAAUGCGUACCGGAAUCUCAUUUUCAGCUUGGUAAGAUACAUAUAUUUACUUUAUAUCAUACAAUAUGCUAUAUAUAGAAAAAACACUGGUGUCAAGGCAUCAAUCAUCCUUUAAUGUGUUGACGUAUUAGCAGUAUCUUUAUAACCCAGGUGUUUUUUUUCAGUGUGUCAUAUACAUCAGAAAAUAUCUGUAUCAUGCACUUUAACCGUUGAACAAUUUAUGUGACAGAUUAUUUGGUUGACUGCAUUCUGUGCUGCUAUUGGCUGCGCGUACCUCGCACAGGGUACCGUGUGACUAACCAAACUACCACAAAGGCAUCUUGGAGAGGAGAUUUCUAAAUAAUUUGUGAUAUUCACAUGGGUGAUAUUGCUGAUGUAAAAAAUGUAUAUAGAUAUGUGAAAAUGUAUUUAUAUAUUUUUUGUCUCUCUAUAUAUGUUGAAUAUAUUUUCAUAGAUCCUAGGUCUCUCUUGUGCCCCCCUUUGAUGUGUUUGAGACCUCUGAAGAUAUUGUCCUUUGUUUACUCGCAUGGAGAUAUUUAAAUAUAAUAAAUUAUUUAUGGUAAAUCUUUACGUACUUUGGGAUGAGUUUUCGGUGGCACUGGAUUUAGUCCGAACUGGAUAUCCUAGAUGACUGCAUGCCGUUGCUAGCGUAGGAUGUAAGAGAUGGAGAGUGUUUGCAGACGAUACGUUGCUCUACGCAUCCGAGCUUUAUUUACCUCUUCGUACACAGGAAACCUUUCAGCAGAGUGCUUUACUUUGUGUUUCGAUGUUUCAAAUGUCAGUUUAGAGAUGAUUUUGCUACCUGAGCAUUAAUAAAGUCUUUGCUUAAGGUAACACAA